CUCGAAAACGGCAGCAGCGACGAUGGUGCGAGGCGUGGUGCGGGAUGCGCCGUACACGACGCGGUCGCGGCGAGGCGGCACCGCGGGCGGCACUGGCAGUACUGGCAGCGCUGGCAACGCGGGCACUGGGGACCAUCACCACCACGGUGGGCCCAUGCGAGCGUCCGGUAGACGGCCACACCUGUCGUCAGCUGCAAGGCACGAGCAGCAGCAGCAGCAGCAGCAGCAGCAAUACACACAAGCAUCGUCGAGGACGUGGAGGUCGAGUGCCUUGCGCGAACGGCUGCAACACUUCCUCAUGGAAUCACCAGCCAGGCCAUUUGUGGAACAGCAACAGCAACAGCAGUUGCAGCAACAGCAGCAACAGCAGCAAUUUCGGGGUGGGCUGAGCAGCAGGCAAGUGGGCGCCGUGAGUCCAAGUGCUGCCGCGAGCAGGGCGGGCAGCUUCCUGGAAUCGCACGUGCGGGACGACGCCGCCGAUGCCGAUGACGAGGAAGAGGAGGAGGAUGAUGACUUGGCCAGCGUUCAAGGUACCACUGGAGGAAGUCUCGUUGGCAGCGCAAGGGCACAUGAUGACUCCCUCAACCUCAGCAGCACCACCGGCGGCAACCUUGCCGCAAGGCACUCCGGCAGAGGCACCGCUGAUUCUGCAAACAGCAGCUUUACACAACGCGCACUCAACCUGUCGAACGCGUCGUUGUCCACAACGCGCGACGAAAUGGUGGCUGCAAUGGAGCACCGCAUUAUGGCACUCGAGGCAGAGAAGAUCGAUAUGCACGCCGCGAAGCUGCACGCCGAGCACGAGCUCAAGGCUGUCAAGGCGCAGCUUGAGCGCGAGCAAAUUGAACUCGCCCGUCAACGUGAUGCCCGCGAGAAAGGUGUGUUCAACAACAACGUGCGCGAGUUCCGCGAAGCGUGCUACGAGCUGCUGGGCUACCAGAUUGACGUGGUACAAGCCUCAAGGUACCGGCUGCACUCGAUGUACGCGGAGUCCGCCGAUGACUAUCUCCUCUUUGCUUCGUCUCCGCAAGGGCUGCAACUCCUUGAAACGCAAUUCUCCGCAUCGCUGGAUGAGCGCAUUCUUGCGAAUCUGCACCGUUUCCACUCCAUUCCCGCCUUUCUCUCCGCAAUCACAGUUGACCUCUUCAGCAAAUCCACAAUGGCUUGA